AUGCUACACCUGAACUCCAUGGACAGCAUGCUGAGGACAGUGGUGCUCAGCUUUCCUGCCUCUCGAGUCAGCGAGGAGCUGCAGGGCAUCUUGGAGCUGCUGCUGGACUUCACCAGAUGCGAGAGAGAGGCUGUGAGGGAGAGGGCCAUGGCAAGGAUCGAUGUGCUGACCUGUGUGCUGUCCGACUAUUCUACUCUGCAGGCCAAUGCCAACAUCAGAAGAGGCACUGCUGGACCUGUCUGCUCUGGGGAGAUCCAGCUCCCACUCCUAGGAAAGCUGCUGGGGCGUCUCAUCCUUUUCCGGUUCUCCGAGGAGCAGACAAGCUGUGCAGCUUUCCAUGCUCUUUUUGCCCUGGCUGAGUUCAUCUUCGAAUCCAGGCUAAAGGACAGAGCAGACCAAGUCCACUGGGAAGCCGUGACCACCUCCGCGCUGUGUUCUCUGAGCGCCAGGGACUGUGCCAAGACCUUUGGAAAAUACCUGCAGUCCCACGAGAGGACGGAUGUCAUCCUCGUGGCCAUCGAGGCCAUGGGAGAUGCCAGCAUCCUCGACCAGCAGGUGCCCAGCAGCCUGCUGGAUGUGGCCUUGGAAGACCCGGACGUCUGGCUGACGGACGCGCCCAAGAUAGUCAGCAGCAUCCUUGAGAGCCUGCCAUACUGCAGCACACAGGCAGCGUGGGAGAAAGCGGAGUCACUGCUUCGCCUGAUGACCAACCUGUACCCCACCACAGUGGUCAUCCUCCUGUGCAAGGCGGCUCUUCAAGGAGACAGCACUGCGCCGGAGCUGUGGGAGCUGAUGUCCUCCAUGCCGGAGACACUGGCCAAGAUCUUGGAGGACUUUGCCAACCUGCUGCACAGACAGUGCUUCCGCUGCUCCGCAGAAGGCCCCCGCACCCAGCCCAUGGCUUCAUCCUCCAGGAAGGCUGAGUGGGAGGAUUUGGCUGACGAGCCCGACAUCGAGAGCCAUCAGGGCUGUCCAAACGAGAGGACGGCCAGGCUGCUGCUGGAAGGGCUCGUCGGGCUGUCACAGAGAGCCGAGAUGGCAAGAAACAUUGAACUCUUCCUGCCGGGCAUGAUGAAGAUCCUGCAAGUUGGCAGCGAAGACGCCAAAAUGAAGAUCCUGCUGGCCUUGCAAAACGUUCUGCGUCAGCUGAAGAAGACCAAGGCCAGCUUCAUCGCUGUGCAGCUUGUGGGGAGGCUCCUGCCCCUCUUUGACUCGGUAAGGCUGAUGUGGAGCCUGAGCCCCUCAGAUGGGCGCUGGGCAAUGACAGCUACCCUGCAGCCCAGCCCUGAGUGCAGUGAGCUGCGAGAGCUCUCCAUCUGCAUGCUCACAGAGCUGCUGCAGUUGGUGGUCGGCAGGGAUGAGAAGAGGAUGAGGAAGGAGGUGUGGCGAGCACUGGUACCUCUCCUCUUCCGCAUGAGCGACCAGGUCCCCAGCGUGGCCAAGGCCUCCAGGGAAGCCCUUCUUGCUGCCGCAGAGCUGCUGAAGUGGAAGACGCUCAAGCACCUGCUGCAGAGAGAGCGGCUGUGGGAGCUUGGAGCGUGCUUGCUGCAGAAGAGCAGGAGCAGGGCUGAAGACUUCAUCCACCAGAGCCUGCCCUACCUGCAGGACCCUCAGGCCAACGUGCGCCUGGCGGCCGUCAGGUUCAUCGGACUCAUCACACGGCGCCUGAGGGAGCAGACCACAGAGAGUCAGGCUGACAUCCUGAGCGCACUUCAGCCCUUGGAGAAUGACUGGGACAUCUCUGUCAGCUCCUUGGCAGCUCGGACAGCCUCCAUUCUGAGGAGUCCUUGCGUGCAGCAAAGACCAAGAGGCCUCCUGCGAGCACUGCGCUGCUGCUGGCCGUGAGCCCGGCAGAGGUGCAGCUUGCCUUGGCUAAAGGACUGGGGCUGAAUAAAGCUGGAACAACGUGCCCAAA